AUGAUGGGAAUAAGUUCAUGGUUUGAUGAAGGUAAGCAGAAUAUCCAAAGAAUUUCCAAAGAAUUUCCAAAGAAUUUCCAAAGAAUUUCCAAAGAAUUUCCAAAGAAUUUCCAAAGAAUUUCCAAAGAAUUUCCAAAGAAUUUCCAAAGAAUUUCCAAAGAAUUUCCAAAGAAUUUCCAAAGAAUUUCCAAAGAAUUUCCAAAGAAUUUCCAAAGAAUUUUCAAAGAAUUUCCAAAUACAUUACAAAGAAUUUCCAAUGAAUUUCCAAAGAAUUUAAAAAGAAAUUUUAAACAAUUUCCAAAGAAUUUAAAAAGAAAUUUUAAACAAUUUCCAAAGAAUUUUCCAAAUAAUUUUCCGAAUAAUUUCCAAAGAAAUUUCAAAGAAUUUUCAAAGAAAUUCCAAAGAAAUUUCCAAAGAAUUUCCAAUGAAUUUCUAAAGAAUAUCCAAAGAAUUUCCAAAGAAUUUUCAAAGAAUUUCCAAAGAAUUUCCAAAGAAUUUCCAAAGAAUUUCCAAAGAAUUUCCAAAGAAUUUCCAAAGAAUUUCCAAAGAAUUUCCAAAGAAUUUCCAAAGAAUUUCCAAAGAAUUUCCAAAGAAUUUCCAAAGAAUUUCCAAAGAAUUUCCAAAGAAUUUCCAAAGAAUUUCCAAAGAAUUUCCAAAGAAUUUCCAAAGAAUUUUCAAAGAAUUUCCAAAGAAUUUCCAAAGAAAUAUCAAAGAAUUUUCAAACACUUUUCAAAGAAUUUUCAAACACUUUUCAAAGAAUUUCCAAAAAUUUUCAAUAGUAUAAAAAUCUGA